GCGUAAUGCGCAAGGUUCCCGAACAAGUAGAUGAAUCCGCGAUGCAUGUAAUGCCCGGAUCAUCGGCUUUUCGAGGACAUUUUACACCUUUGAUUUCCUGACUUACGUCACACGUAUAUUCGCAACGCAUGCAUGUGAAAUUUCGUAGAUAUUUCUCGGCUAUCGCAAACGCCGUUAUUCGUCGACGACGGACAACAGUUGCUCCGAUAAAAUGGAGCAAAUCAUAUGUGGAAAAUUCGGCCAUGGCAUCUUACUAGUCUCAAAAGCUUCCAGACAUCCAGUAACGAUUGUCAACACCCGGAAGUUAAUGUCUGGAAAAUUUGGUAGACACUGCAGGCCGUUGCUGGCAUCGCCGCAAUUGAGAUACUUUUCAAAUCCUCAUCGUGGAUUUGCUAUGGUGAUAACAAGGAUAUUAAGGGGAGCAUUAAAACUUCGAUAUAUUCUCUUGGGGGGUGCAGUCGGUGGUGGCGUUACCUUACAGAAGAAAUAUGAACAGUGGAAGGAGGGACUUCCAGAUUUGGAGUGGUUAGAAAAUCUGAUGCCCAGCGAACAACAAUGGCAGGACUUCCGCGAAUCGCUCAUGUCGAUCAGAAACGUGACUGACAAGAUCGAGAUCGAUCCACGUAUAAAGGAGUUUGGGGUAGCUAAGUAUCGAGAAUACAGAACUUGGUUUGAUCAGAGACUAGAUGACGCUAUUAAAGCAGCAGAAAGUCAAAAUACCUACCCAGAGAAUAGUUCGAUACAGAGUACGUUUGAUACCAUCUCGGUAAUAGCAAAACAAACUUAUUCAGCAGAAACAAAAGAGCAGUUGUCCAAAAAUGUGGUUGCCUUUGCACGACCAUUGGCUAGUGAUAGUAAUAGUGAAGAAGAACGUAAGAAAGCUCAAUCAUCGCAACAGAGGAUGAACGCCAUGCAGGAUGAGCUGAUGCAAAUGCAAUUAAAGUACCAGCGUGAGAUAGAGAGAUUAGAAAAGGAGAACAAAGAAUUACGCAAGCAGAUACUUUUACGAGGAAGUCAGAAGUUCAACAACAAAAAGAUUAAAAAGUCUUUAAUCGAUAUGUAUAGCGAUGUCUUGGAUGAACUUAGUGAUUAUGAUAGUGCCUAUUCUACUGCUGAUCAUUUGCCUAGAGUAGUAGUCGUAGGUGACCAAAGUUCUGGUAAGACAUCUGUGCUUGAAAUGAUUGCUCAAGCAAGAAUAUUUCCAAGAGGUGGAGGUGAAAUGAUGACAAGAGCACCAGUUAAAGUCACAUUGAGCGAAGGUCCUUAUCACAUAGCACAAUUCAAAGACAGUUCCAGAGAAUUUGAUCUCACGAAAGAGUCAGAAUUGGCUGAUCUCAGACGAGAGGUGGAACUACGAAUGAAGAAUAGCGUUAAGAAUGGAAAGACGGUUAGCUCUGACGUCAUUUCCAUGACAGUGAAAGGACCGGGCCUUCAACGUAUGGUUCUAGUCGAUUUACCUGGUAUUAUUAGCACAGUAACCGUCGACAUGGCGGAAGAUACUCGCGAGGCAAUCAAACAGAUGAGCCAACAGUAUAUGAGUAAUCCUAACGCAAUCAUUCUCUGUAUACAAGACGGCUCUGUCGACGCGGAGAGAAGCAAUGUGACCGAUCUUGUAGCUCAAAUGGAUCCAUCAGGAAAACGAACAAUCUUCGUUUUGACAAAAGUCGAUAUGGCGGAAGAGAAUUUAACUAAUCCUGACAGGCUGCGUAAAAUAUUAUCUGGUAAACUAUUUCCAAUGAAAGCAUUAGGCUACUUUGCCGUGGUCACUGGUCGCGGCAGACAGGAUGAUAGUAUACAAACAAUUAAGGAUUACGAGGAAAAGUUUUUUAGAAACUCUAAACUCUUCAAAGAUGGUUUAGCAAUGUCUGGUCAAGUGACAACUAAAAAUUUGAGUCUGGCAGUGGCCGAAUGCUUUUGGAAGAUGGUUCGUGAAACGGUGGAACAACAAGCGGACGCAUUCAAAGCCACUAGAUUUAAUUUGGAGACAGAAUGGAAAAAUAAUUUUCCGAGAUUAAGGGAGCUAGAUAGAGAUGAGCUUUUCGAGAGGGCUCGGGGCGAAAUUUUAGACGAGAUAGUCAACUUGUCCCAAGUAUCACCGAGACACUGGGAGGAAGUGCUGAUGGUGCGUAAUUGGGACAAAGUCAGUAUGCACGUUUUCGAGAAUAUCUACCUGCCUGCUGCUCAAAGCGGAAAUCCAAAUACAUUCAAUACCACAGUCGACAUUAAGCUCAGACAUUGGGCCGAACAACAACUCCCUGCGCGUAGUGUCGAAAGUGGAUGGGAGUGUUUGCAGCAGGAAUUUGAGAAAUUUAUGUCACAAGCUCGCUUGAGCCCUGAUCAUGACGAUAUUUUUGACAACCUUAAGAACGCUGUAGUGAAUGAGGCAAUGCGGCGUCAUUCAUGGGAAGAAAAGGCAUCGGAAAUGCUCCGCGUUAUUCAACUUAACAUCUUGGAAGAUAGAAGUGUGAAUGACAAACGUGAAUGGGAUCAGGCAGUGCGUUUCUUAGAAACCUCGGUUAAAGAAAAACUGCAGAGUACAGAACAGAUUCUCCGUGAUAUGCUGGGACCUAAUCGCAAGGAACGAUGGAUGUAUUGGCAGAAUCAAACCGAAGAGCAGCAAAAACGUACAGCGGUCAAGAAUGAGCUCGAUAAAAUUCUCUAUGCAGAUAAGAAACACGCACCUACUCUGACGCAUGAUGAGCUCACAGCCGUUAGAAAGAAUUUACAAAGAAACGGAUUAGAGGUUGAUAAUGAAUUUAUUCGAGAGACGUGGCAUCCUGUGUACAGAAGAUUUUUCCUACAGCAGAGUUUAGCGAGAGCGUAUGAUUGCAGAAAAGGGUAUUAUCUAUAUCACACUGGGCACGAAAAUGAAUCAAGAUGCUUUCAGAUGGAAUGUAAUGACGUAGUGCUCUUUUGGCGAAUUCAACAAAUGCUGAAAGUCACCGCAAAUGCACUUAGGCAACAGAUUAUGAAUAGAGAAGCUCGGAGGCUGGAUAAAGAGAUCAAGGAGGUUCUUGAGGAUUACAGUCAAGAUAACGAAGUUAAGGAAAAACUACUCACCGGCAGACGAGUCACAUUGGCAGAGGAACUCAAACGAGUUCGACAGAUUCAAGAGAAACUAGAAGAAUUUAUUCAAGCGCUAAAUAAAGAGAAAUGAACAUGGUAAACGGAAUAUUAAAGUUGAAUAUCAUAUUGCAUGCAAACGCGAAUUUUUAAUGCGAUUCACAAAUGAAAAGAUGGUACAUAAAUGAGUAUUUAGAAUCUUUAAUAUCUCAAGAAAAAACGUGAAUAUACUUUUCUGCAGUGAUUUGAGAAAUCGAUCGUCGAUUGAAGUAGCGAAUUAUUCACAACUCAUCGAGUAUAAUUAGUGCAGGCACGUGACAGCCCACAUGAGUGACUGCCCAUACCAUGAUCUUAGGCAACCAUUUGUGUAACAUACAUAAUGAUAAGUCGACUAUCUCUGCACUCUGAUACGAUUCAGAUUUGUAAAUAUGCGAUAUGUGAUCGAAAUGCGAAAGAAUCUUAUUAAUGUGUACAAAGAUUCUGAAAAUAUAUUGAGUAAUGAAAUCACAGUUGUUUCUUGAACAACCAUAUUUAUACAAAAAUGCAACAGUAUAACAUUAUCAUGUUAUGAUUAUAAAUUAAUUGUAUUACGAGCGAUAAAAGGUUGUUAUUGUGACACGAGCAGAAUGUAUACAAAAAUUAUUUAAAAUAUAUAAUAUAGGAUACUAUUUAAAUAAAUUAACGAUGCAUUCGUGCGUAUUCUAAUCAUUCAAAAAUUUAAUAUCUUACAAAAUUUUCUUUUUAGACUCUUAAUCUAGAUAUGAUUUAAAUUCAAAUAUUAAAACAUUUGCUCAAUAAAAGGAUAAUAGAUUAUCUGUAUUUGUCUCAUUAUAAAAUUUCUUUAAAAUUAAUUUGAAAAGCAUCGUUUUUCCAGAUGUAACUAUGUGGAUUUAUAAAAAUUUUAGAAUAUUUCUGGCAAUUAUAGAAUUAUUUUAAAAUAUCUAAUAAGCAUUUCAUGAACUCAAACUAAAAUAAAAAUUUAAGUAAUUAGCAAUUUAAUAAAUAUUUUGUGUGACAGUGCAAAUAGAUUCUUGUAAAGACUUGCUUUUUCUUUACAUUGAAUUAUACACAAGUACUAAAAAUAAAUGACCAAUGCAUUUUUCAUAAUUAAACAAGAAAAUUUAUAUGAAUAAAGCUUUUAAAAC